CGUUGAGCUUGGCCCUUGGACCUCUGCAGGCCCCAUUGGGUAGCCUGGGGAGCCUUGCUCCUCUACGGGGUCUUGAUGGCGCAGCCUUGAGGGGGUCCCUGGGCAGCUCUGGAGGGCUGGAGUCCCUGAAGAGUCCGCUUGGGGGUCCUCUCUCAAGCCUGGGGUCCAGCCUACUGGGAGGGCGACAGGAGGAGCGCGUGUCUUUCUCUCUGCCUGGGUUCGAGGAUGAUGAGGGUAACAUCUCAGAGGAUGAGCAGCCGAGUCCUCUUGGCUCGGCCAGACUGUUACAGAACUUGCACCUGGACUUGGAUGCGUUGGGAGGAGGGCUGCAGUAUGAGGACAGCGAGGCCAGUGGAGUGGCCCCACCAGAGGAGAGGACAGAAGCAGAGCUACGGGACCUGGCCCUGUCUGGAGAGCACAGCCCUGAGCCCCCCCCUCAACAGGACUCCCUUCGUGGACGCCACCUCCCCUCCUGUCCACCACACGGAGGCAACAGGGACUGCCCCCCUACCCCAGACCCCCAGCACGCUAAAACUAGAGACAGUGGAGAGGAGGAGGAGGAAGAUUAUGAGGAGGGGUGGGGAGAGGAUGGAGAGAGUGUGGUUGGGGAGGAAGGAGGCGAAGAGGAGAACCAGGGAGAAGAGGGACAAGCGAGUGAGAAGAAGAAAGGAGAGGAGGAGGAGGGAGGAGGAGGGCAAGGACGUUGGAGCUGAGGUCACUGAGGAGGUAGAGUGUGUAGAAAAGUUGGAGGAGGCAGAGGAGCAAAGUGAUGAGGUCAUAAAGAGGUGUGUAAAAAGUGAGGAAGAAGAGGGGACUGGUGACGUAGUUGAGAAAAGUGUGGAGAAAGUCAAUACAAAGGAGGAAGAACAAGGAAGUGAUGAAAAGAUAGAGAGAUAUCUUGGAGAUCAAGAAGAGAGGGAUGAGGUAGUAGAGCAAUGUGUUAAAAAUGAAGAACUUGAUAAACAGGUAGAAGAAAGAAAUGAGCUGGUUGAGAGCGGUGUUAAAAGUGAGGGAGAACAAAAAGCAGAAGAGAGUGAUGAGGGAGUUGACAGAUGCAAUACAAGUGAGGAAGAAGGAGAGGAAAAAGAGGGGGAACAGGAGGAAGAGAGUGAUGAGGUAGUAGAGAGAUAUUUGAAAGAGAUGGAAGGAGGCGAUGAAGAGGAAAGUGAGAUAGUGGGGGAGAGAGAUUUGAAAAGCAAGCAUGUGGAAAGGAAGGGAGAGACUGUCAGAGACAGUGUAGAGGGGAAGAAAGAGGAGGACGAUGAGGCAAAGGGACAUGAGGAUAGUGAUGAAGUGUUUGAGAGGUGGUUGAAAGAGGAGGAAGGCAAAGAGGAGGCUGAGGAGGGCGAGAGUGAGGUGGUAGAGAGAUGUGUGAAAAGUGAAGAAGAGGUGGACGAGGAGGGUGAGAGUGAGGUGGUAGAGAGGUGUGUGAAAAGUGAGGAAGAGGAGGGUGAGAGUGAUGUGGUAGAGAGGUAUGUGAAAAGUGAGGAAGAGGUGGAAGAAGAGGGUAAAGAAGAGGGUGAGAGUGAGGUGUUGGAGAGGUGUGUGAAAAGUGAAGAAGAGGGUAAAGAGGAGGGUGAGAGUGAGGUGUUGGAGAGGUGUGUGAAAAGUGAAGAAGAGGUGGACGAGGAGGGUGAGAGUGAGGUGGUAGAGAGGUGUGUGAAAAGUGAGGAAGAGGAGGGUGAGAGUGAGGUGGUAGAGAGGUGUGUGAAAAGUGAAAAAGAGGAGGGUGAGAGUGGGGUGGUAGAGAGAUGUGUCAAAAGUGAAGAAGAGGUGGACGAGGAGGGUGAGAGUGAGGUGGUAGAGAGGUGUGUGAAAAGUGAGGAAGAGGAGGGUGAGAGUGAGGUGGUAGAGAGGUGUGUGAAAAGUGAGGAAGAGGUGGAAGAAGAGGGUAAAGAGGAGGGUGAGAGUGAGGUGUUGGAGAGGUGUGUGAAAAGUGAAGAAGAGGGUAAAGAGGAGGGUGAGAGUGAGGUGUUGGAGAGGUGUGUGAAAAGUGAGGAAGUGGAGGAAAGUGACAAAGUCUUGGAGAGAUGCUCGCCGAGUGAAAAACGAGCUAGUGAAGGAGUGGAGAGCAGUGAGGAGGAGGUGGAGGGGUACAUCAAAAGCAAACGAAAAGAAAAGGAAGGAGACAAACUUGAAGAAGACAGUGAUGAGGUGGUGGAAGAAGUGCAAGCCUCACCAAAAACAUCCACAAGCUCAGACAAAGUAAUCGAGAGAUUUGAACCACAAACGGUCCAAGUUAGGUCACUGGGGCAGAAGAAGAAGAUAGCGGACCUUAAACGAAGUGACAACAUGGAGGUGUAUGUGGGGGAGAAGAAGAAUGUACCCAAACAAAGCCCUCUACCAGCAGAGCAGUCCGAGGCCAGCGAGCACAUGGAGGUGGCCUCCUCCUCCACCAAGGACCUCAGGUCUGGUUUUGGCUCCAUGUUGUCAGAGAAAGUCCUGGACCUGAAGGAUCUCUCCCCUGCUGUUAGUCCACUCUUGCAGGAUGAAGAGGGCAAAGUGAAAGUCAGUGCGGCAGAGGAGAAGGAACGGAGGAAGAGGGCAGAAGCUGCAGAGAGGCGUCUUCAAGCUGCAGGCAGAGAGGAUCCAGCAAUGGAGGACAGGCACCCCAGCCAGUCCAGUGAAUCCCAACAGGACGCAGGAUCCUCCCAUUCUGAGCCGGAGCCCCGGCCGCGGGCUGAGGGGGUUAGCACCAGCGCCAGCCUAGGGGUGCCGGGGGUUCAGGGGGUCAAGCGGCCUGACACCUCCAGAGGACGCCUAGUUAGGAGCCCUCACAACCACUACAAGGAGGAAGCCCCCAGACAGGGGGCGGACAACAGAAGGGCCCAGGAGGAGGAGAGGGACAAGGAGAGGAGGGAGACUGAGAGGGAGAUAGAGGAGGAGAAGGAGCAUGCGCUGCGUGAGAGGCUGGAGAAGGUGCGCCUACUUCAGGAGGAGCUGAGGCGGGAGGAGGAAGAGGAGGAACAGAGGCUGAAGGAGGAGAGCGAAGAGAGGGUCAGGAGCCUGAGGGAGAGGCUCCAGAGUAAGGGGAGGGAAGAGGAGAACAGACUGAGUGUGGAGUCUGAAAGCAGGCUACUGGAGAUAAGGGAAAUGGCCCGGAGGGAGAGAGAGAACCAGCAACGCAACGUUAGGGAGGAGGGCGAGGUGAUGCUGAGGCAGCUGCGUGCCACCCUGGAGGCGGAGAGAGAGGCGGAGCGAGAGAGGAUAGAGGCCCAGAGGAGGCGGGACCUACAGCGACUGAGGGAGGAGUCAGAGGAGGAGCUACAUGCGGAGAAGCGGAGACUGCUUGGGGAGCGGGAGGAGCAACUUGACUCCCUCAAACAGGAGGGGAGAAGCAGUGCCAGUGAGAGGCGGAGGGAGUUGAAGAGCCGUCGUAGCCCAGAGCAACAUCUAGCAGAGUACCAAAAAGAGUUGGGAGACGUGCUCCAGGAAGUGAGGGAGGAAGUGCAGCGUGACCACGGCAGGAAGCUGGAGCAGCUCAAAGACGACCACCGCAAAGAACUCAACUCAAUCAGAGACAAUUAUCUGGACCAGGAGGCUGUCCAAAGGGAGCAGUUGCUGUGUGCCCUGCAGGAGGAGAGAGAUCGCCUGCUGGCCACCCACAGCGCCCAGCUGGAGAGACUCCGUACACAGCUAGACUCCCAGCUCUCCAAGACCCGCCAGACGCACACACGCAAGGAGGCAGGGAUUCAGGAGCUGGGGGACAAGCUGGAGCUGAGAGCCAGAGAACUGAAGACCCAGGAGGCAAUACUGAAGACCCAGGCAGCGAAUUUGAAGAAGAGGCGGCAGCAGCUUGGGGAUGAAGAGGAUGAGAUAGACAGAGGAAUAGAGGCUCUGCCUGGAGUCAUGCAGGAGAGAGAUGGACUGAGAGAGGAUCUGGAGCGGGUGGAAGGACAGAGGGACAGGGCGAGGCAGGAGGCGGAGAGAGCGAGGGAGGAGAGGACCAAAGUGAGAGACGAGUUGGAGACAAUUAGGGAGGAGAGGAACAAAGCGAAGGAGGAGAGCAGGAGGAUGAAGGAGGAGCGGGACCGGUUAGAGAGCAAGGUGGAGCUGCUGCAGGAGCGCUGUGAUCGGCUGUGCCGCAGAGUCAGUGAUUUGGAGCAGAGUGAGAUCAAGAGGCCUACUACUAGACUGGACAGAACAGAGGAGGAGGAGGCGAGGAAGGAGGAGAAGGAUAGCGAGGCACCGCCCUCUACUGCUGGACGGGAGAAAGUGCUACAUGUGGAAGAUUUGAAAGAACCUCCUGUCUUGGAUGACUUGCGUCAGUAUAUCUCCUCUGAGGGGCUGUCCCUGCAGAAAGCCCGGCGCUUCCUGGAGAAGGAGAGUGGUCGUCUGAGUGAGAGACAGGCAGCACUGCAGGCAGCUCAGGCCCAGUCCAGCUCCUCUCAGUACCCCAACACCACCAGCCACGCCCAGGCCACACAGGAGAUGUACAGGAACCUGCAGCAGGUGCGUGAGGCCAGUGACGUGGAGGAGUUGAGGGUGACUGUGAAGAGGGGGAACUCGCUGCUACGCAGGAAGGAGGAGAAACUGCAACAGCUAGAGAGCUCCGUAGCUGAAGAGGUCUCCCCCCAUCACUACUAUGAUGACCAGGACAGACUGGUGACUGAUAGGAAGGUGGCCUUUGAUGUGACUGAAUCGGAUAUGAGCAGCGUCAGCAAUGGCCUUGAUGGCCCUGGUGAGGAGCCCACAGUGCCGGCUAAGGUGCAGCACUUAGCUGAGUCGCUCCAGCACAUCUCUGGCCAGCUCAGCACAGUCCUGGGGGCCCUGGGCUCCCUGACUCAACGGCAGACCCCUUACCAGCCUCUCCCCCUACCCCUGCCCCUCUCCCAGCCCCGAACCCCCACCUCAAUGCCUCUUUCACAGCUCUCCAUGCCUCUGUCUGGGCCCUCCUGGGCGUGGGCCCCUCACAGCACCUCCAUCCAGCCACUGGGUUCUGAGGACCUGCUCAACAGCCGCUGGGCCAAGCUCUUCCCUGGGGCUCCUAUUGAGUCCAUAGCCACCAGUUCCCUGAGGACGCAUACGCUUUAUUCAGGGUACAGUCCUGCAAGCGAGCAGGCUCGAAGUCUGUCCUCCAUGCAGCCUAAGUCGGUGGAGAUGGAUGGCCAGAGGCUACAGGGUCUGAUCGACGGCAACAAGAGAUGGCUGGAGACACGCAGGAAAGACCCCAGUGUACCUCUGUUCACACGUUAUCGGACCCCCCCAACUAUGAGUGGACUGGUCCAGCUGAGCCUGGAUGACAACAACCAGAUUAAAGUGUACCAUUACUAAAGGGGGGUGGUGGAGUUACAUACGGAGCAAGGAUCAACAAGCAGAUAAAGAUGUACUGUUAAUGAAAAAGGGCUAAGGACAGGGGUGGGUUUUUAAAAUUAACUUGGGAGUAAUGCAGGGAUCCCUCUAGCUCUGGUCCAGGGCGUUACUAGAGGAACCCCGUCGACUAUGUGUGGACCAAAGGAACGCCCUGGACCAGAGCUAGGAUUCCUCUACAACCAGGUUUACAUAUCAGAUUACUGUAAGAAACAUUUUUAAGACUUCUGUCUUCUGGUGAACUCCGCUUUAGCUGUGAUUGUGUUUCAGUGGACUCAUAUUAUUCCAUUGGCCUGCAAGGGUGAAUAGCUUGGGAUUAUGGAGACAAUAGCCCCGUAGUCAACAAACCAGUUUGUUUCCCAAUUUUUUGGCCUCUAGCUAUUUAAAUGUUUCAAAAGCAGAUUGCAUAGUUGUUACACAUACAAUAGGUGCUUCACUUUAUUAGGAGAGACAUCUCGAGGUUGGAGUGAGAUACUGUUGAUAGCUGACAUAAGAUCACUGUCAUGGUAUCAGGUUGUACAAGAGACGCAUCACUCAUUCCACUGUGUGAGAAGUUCAAGCCAUACCAUAAUAACCACUACAAGGGCAAGACAAUGACUUGUGAGGGAUUCGCAGUCUUUAUGAAAUUCUGGUAAGAGGGACUCUUCCAGUGUUUUACUGUGCAUAGACGUGUGACAUUUUUACCAUAUUUUUUUAUAAGAAACGUUUUAAUAAAUGUAAAGUGGUGUAUAUUCA